UUGGAGAGUCUGCCUUGGCUCCUCCCUCCCUUGUUAUGCUAGUUCCUGCUUCUUUCUCUGCUGGCUGCUGCCUCUGGGAGCCAUGCAAUUGCACACAUUGGCAAUUUGUUUCUGUGAGAUCUUUCCUCCUCCUCCUCCCCACCCUCCUCUCUUUUCCAAAAGCCUCUGGAGUCAGGAGAGAGAGAGGGCCUUGAAAUCUCCCCUUUCCAAACUGUUUAGAGAGAAAGGAGGAUCAGACCUCUUCCCCCUCCAGACCUCUUUGCAAAAGAAAGAAAGAAAGAAAGUGCUGGCUUCUGGUUCAAAGUUCACAAAGCAUCCCUCCUCCUCCUCCUCCUCCUCCUCCUCCUUCCCACCCCAAAAGUGCAGUAGAUUUUUUUUUAAUGCAAGAUGGCGGAUUUGUACUGAACAAGGAGAAGCAGAGAGAGCUUGCUCCUCAUUGCAAGAGUAAUACUGUCCUGGAGGAAAUGCAGUAGAAGAUGAGCCUCCUUCUGCCCCCAGAAAGAGAUGGAAAUAAAGAACUGGAGUCUUUAAGGAGACUUAAAAUGAGUGUAUAAUUGUGUGAGGUUGCAUGCCUCUGAAGAAACAUCUGGACACAGUGAUAGGUGUCGGAUGUACAUGUUAAGAAGUUGCUGCUCAUUCUUUAAUCCCUUGGACUGCAAGUUACUGUUUUACUUAGUUGCACUAUAAAAAUGCUGCUAAGGGACUAAUUGCUGAGAAGCUGCCAUGCACUGACAUUGUACCAAACGUCAAGCCCCAGGAAAGCCUAAAAGGACCAGAAAGACAUCCAUUUUGUUAGUUGUGUUUUCACUGGAGUAGAAUGGCAAGUAAGCGAAAAUCCACUACACCCUGCAUGGUCUUGGCAAGUGAGCCAGAUCCAGAGAUAGAAGCAGCAUCUGAUGUUGAAGAAGGGCUGUCUGUGAUGACACCAGCAGGUAGCAUGUCAAGUGAUGAGGACGCCCAUGAAUAUGUGGACUCAGACAAUCAGCAAAAUAAAAAAGUUGAAGGCGGCUAUGAAUGCAAAUACUGCACAUUUCAGACUGCAGAUCUCAAUAUGUUUACUUUUCAUGUGGAUUCUGAGCACCCCAAUGUGGUAUUGAGUUCCUCUUAUGUGUGUCUUGAAUGCAGGUUUGUUACUAAAAGGUAUGAUGCUCUUUCAGAACAUAAUGUAAAGUAUCACCCUGGAGAGGACAAUUUUAAACUGACUAUGGUGAAACGCAACAACCAGACAAUCUUUGAGCAAACGGUAAAUGACCUUACUUUUGAUGGCAGUUUUGUGCAAGAGGAGAACAGCGAAGAAUUGGAGGGUUCUGAGGGUCAAUUGUCCAGCAUCUCAAUUAGCAAAACCCCAAUUAUGAAAAUGAUAAAAAAUAAGAAUGAAACAAAACGAAUUGCUGUUUUUCAUAACACAGAGGAUGGUAUGGUGGAGGAAAAAGAUGCUGAAACUGACCCAGAGUGUGAGGAGGUCAUAGAAAAACCAGCCACUGAAGUUUCAGAAACCAAUGCCAAUAGUACAUUGGCUGCAGAAACAAUUAGCACAGUUGUGAACCCUACAGCUGUGAUCCAGCCUGAACAAGUGAUAACUACCAUAGCAUCUCCACAGAACUCUGGCUUAAUAUCUAAAGUAUUGAUCCCGAUAAAUAGCAUUCCAGCCUACAACACUGCAUUGGAUAACAACCCUCUCUUGCUUAACACCUACAACAAAUUUCCUUACCCAACGCUGUCAGAAAUUGCACUUCUAGCAACUCAAGCUAAAUAUACUGAAGAACAAAUUAAAAUCUGGUUCUCUGCCCAGCGCUUGAAACAUGGGGUCAGCUGGACCCCAGAGGAAGUGGAAGAGGCAAGAAGAAAACAGUUCAACGGCACUGUGCAUACUGUCCCUCAGACUAUUACGGUUAUUCCAGCACAUAUUUCAGCUAGUAGUAAUGGUCUGCCUUCCAUUCUACAGACAUGCCAAAUUGUUGGCCAACCGGGCCUUGUUCUUACCCAAGUUGCAGGUGCCGGGACCCUUCCAGUGACAGCCCCAAUAGCAUUGACGGUGGCAGGAAUCCCAAACCAAUCCCAGUUGCAAAAAGCACAAGUCCAAGCCACCCAGCCUGUUACUGAAACCAAGCAAGUCGCUGCUGUUCCAGCCCCUCACCUUACCAAAUCAGAAGUGGUGGCAGCUGCAGCUGGUAUUGACACAGUUGGGGGCCGUGCUAAGAAGACCAAGGAACAGCUGACAGAGUUGAAGAUCAGCUACCUAAAAAGUCAUUUUCCUCUUGAUUCAGAGAUAAUUAGGCUCAUGAAAAUCACAGGGCUGACAAAAGGAGAGAUCAAAAAGUGGUUCAGUGAUACUAGGUACAACCAGCGGAACUCAAAGCACAACCAUUAUAAUCAUCUCAACAAUGAUUCUUGCACUAUCAUCAUUGACUCAAGUGAUGAAACAAAUGAGUCUCCAGGAGCAGGCCAAGCCCAGCAGAAACAGUCAUGGAAUGCCUCUGAUUUUAACUGUCAGAGGUUCAAAGAAAAGACAGCUGAACAACUUAAAACCCUCCGGGAGAGUUUCGAAAACAAUCCUUUUUUGACUGACGAUGAACUGAACAGGAUACGGUCCGAAACAAAGUUGACUCGACGAGAGAUCAAUGCUUGGUUUGCUGAACAGAAGAAAUCCAAUGCUCAAGGUGACGAAAGUGAGGAACUAAAUGAAAGCAAUACAGGGAACUUGAAAGAAGCAUCCAUUGCAGAGGCAUCUGGAGGGGAAGGUGCUGGAGUACAGAAGUCGGGAAAGGUAACGAAAAAGUCUCCAGAACAGUUACACAUGCUCAAAAUGUCAUUUAUCCGGACUCAGUGGCCAUCUGCGGUGGAAUAUGACAAGUUGGCAGAAGAAACGGGGCUUCCUCGGCCAGAGAUUGUUAGUUGGUUUGGAGAUACCCGAUAUGCCUGGAAAAAUGGCGGCUUGAAAUGGUAUUACUACUAUCAAGGGGCCAAUGCAAAAAGUAUGAACGGUCAAGGCUAUUCUAGGAGGAGAGGGAGAGGAAGACCAAAAGGAAGAGGACGGGGAAGACCUCGCGGGCGACCGAGGUCCAACAAGAGGAUCAAACACUGGGACAAGACGCCACUCAUUAAAUUUAAAACUGGAAAAGCAAUCCUAAAGGAUUAUUACCUGAAACACAAAUUUCUUAACGAACAGGACCUCGAUGAGUUGGUUGCCAAAUCACACAUGGGAUAUGAGCAGGUAAGGGAGUGGUUUGGGGACAGACAGAGAAGAGCUGAACUAGGCCUUGAGUUGUUUGAUGAGGAGGAGGAAGAGGAGGAACUUCUGGAUGAGCAGGAAGAUGAGGAUGAGGAUGAGGAUGAUGAAGAUACAGAUGAAAGUGACAAUUGGGAACCUCCGCGGCAUGUUAGACGUAAGCUCUCAAAAUCAGACUGACGUGUAAGUUUCUGGGUUGUGGGAAUGUCCUGUUGCUCUGUGAUGCCAAAUGAUUGGUACUAACUAUCCAGUCCUAGCAAUCACUUCUUUAGAAUUCACUUCACCUAGAAGGAGGGAAAGGAUUGCUGGCUUGUGUAGCAAAUACACACCUGCUCCUUGGUUAGCAGAGGUGGAAAAGCAAGGUUGGAAUUUGGAAUUACAAAAGCCAUCAUCAGUUUGGCUCUCCCCCAUGUCUCUGCUGAAAGAGAUGUGUUGCUUAAGGGACUCUGUGUUUAAUAAUUGCCUUAUGUUUUGAUUCCAAAAAACUCUGUUAAGGAUGGAGAAGCAUAUGUUUUUAAAAAAUGUUUUUUUCCCAAAUGCAAAAGGAAAUUAACUGCAAAAUGAAAAGAAAAAAGUGCUGACCUGGUUCCUCUUACAAAACUGUGUGUCAGUUUUCCUCCCUCCAAGCAUUAGAAAAAGUUUCAGAGGAAAGCAAGAUAGGUUGGGAUAAAGAAUACCAAAGGAGAGAAUCCAUAGAGGGUGACAAUUGCUUGAGGUGUGUGUGUGUGUAUGAGGGUGUGUGCUUUAGAGCAAUAGAGGAAAGAAAAGUCUCUGUUACAUAUAGAGCCUGUGUGCUAAGUUUACAGAAGUCCUAUUGAAUGUGUCUCUCUAGCUGUGUUCAGGGAGUUUGGGUCUAAAGUAUGCUUUUAUAUUAAACUUAAUGAGUGUGUAUCACAUUUAAACACUAGAGACCAUUAAUGAAGCCAAUACCAAAAUUUGUCUUUGAUUGUGCAGUUAUUUUUGAAACAGCUAAGAUAAAAUGGUUGGUUCCAUACAAGAGGGCUUCCCAAAUUCCACAGAGCCUGUUUCUUUCAUUCAUUAAUACAGAAGAACUGAAAAACACACCAACACAAAUGCACACACACACACAGCUGUUUUGAAAUAGUGAUGGCCAAAUUCUUUUCUCUAGAGGACCCAGAUAAUUCCUUGACUUUGGCAUUAUAUGCUGUGCCCUUUCUAGCCAGGGAAAGACCAACUUUACAGGCUACAGGACCUGACUGGUGCUUCUCCAGUUCUAGGGUUGGGAUGAUAUGAAAGGACCAGAGCUAGUAUUUAUAUCUCAUUGAUCGCAGUAGUGCUGUCCCAAGCCAAAAGCAGCUUGUGGAUAACAGCUUCUUCUAGAGGAUUUCCUGUUUCAAACAAGCUUCAUUUAUAUACCUUAUGGAGAAGUGUCUGGGUGCUAGGAAGUAGUGCCUUUUGCUUUCUGCCUGGCAUGAGAAAGAAUGGAAGGGGAUAAUGGGAUCAAGGGAGGGACUGAAGGCUAUGAUUUGGCCAUCCCUGGCGUAGAAGAACAGGGGUUUUCAAAUAUCAUCAGGGCUCUUUACCAAGGAACUCAUGGUAUAGUGCUUCCCCCAGAAUUAUUUUCCAACAGGGUGGCUCUCUAGAUAUUAUUGAUUGCAGCUCUCCUCAUCAUUCCCUGUUGGUUAGAACUGAUGGGAGUUGCAGUCAACAAUAUCUGACAGGCAGACCAUACUUUUCCUGCCCUGGAUUAAGGCCAGAUGAGCAGAUCCUCUGGCUGUAUGUGCACCUGACUGUGUAACCUUGCAAACAGUGAGGGAGAGCAGGGGCCCUUUCACACUACACCUGACACUGGACAGCCCAUCCUAUGAAAUUCUGGGGUUUGUAAUUUGGUGAGGCACUAGAGCUCUCCGGUUGAGAAUUUAAAUUCUUUCUCUGUAAACUGCAAAUCGCAGGAGUCCAAUAGGAUGGGAUAACAGCAUUAAAGUGGAAGCAUAGUAAUUGUAUCUUGUGAAAGGGUUCCAUGUAAGGGUGAGUGGAAACGAGUAUUUUGCCCUUCGGAUUUUAAGUAGCGCAAGGUGAAAAAAGACCAUGGUAGAGUAAGUGAUGAUCUGUGUCACUGAGCAUGGCUGUGGUUGUACACUGCAUUGCAGAUUUUUUCUAGUCCUCCCAUCCCACCCUGGCCAUUAGCAGAGUCCAUAUGCAGAGAGCAAUGCUGGUGGACCAAUCCAAGAUCUUUAAGACUGAAAUAUGGAAGAAUUAGCAGGGAGAUCACAAUGCCCUAACAAAUAUUGAUCUCACAGUUUAGGAAUUCUAGACUUGAAAUAGAUUUAUGAACCAGACAUGGAGUGAAACUACACGUUCAUAUAAGUAUAUUUCCCUUUGGGGAUGGGGAGGGGAAGCAUUUUUGCCAGUGAACCAGAGCUUGAAUUUAUAAAAGAUCUGAAAGGGUAACAUUUCCUGCUUUUCCAGCUUUGAGUGUUGCUAAAUAAUUCUGUGCAGUUCACAAUUGCCUAUUUUGCCUUCCUUUGCAGUAGAUAGCACAAAGCAAGUAAAUUUAAGCAGCUAGUUUACCUGUUCUUUGGGGUAAUAUUCAGGUAAUCGAUUACUUCUGCAACACAGCCAAGCGUUCUUCUCUUCAUUUCAACUCUUGACCUUGUCUGAUCUUAAAUUCCCCAAGUGCUGGAAUAUGUUAAAGAGAAGUUCCUUUUUUGUUUGUUUAAAAAAAAUAUAUAUUAUGCCUGCCCCGAAAGCCACAUUUCUGUUUAAUGCAUUAAAAAUUAAAAUAGCCAGAUUGGCUUUUGUACAUCAUGCUCCGUGGUCUGUUACCAAUAUAAUGUUAGUUCCCUGAAAAUUAUGACCUAAAACUAUUUGCUACUGGUCCAUUUCUGGGCAGAAUUCAUAGUAUUGGUUUUAAAGCCCUACACAGCUUGUAUCCAGACUAUUUGAAAGACCAUAUCUCCUUAUACAAUCCAGCAUGUGCCCAAAGAUCUGUAGAGGAAGGCUUUUUGUCCAUCACACAACAUUUGCAGGUUUGGUUGGAGAAGACUUGGGACAGAGACUUCUCUAUGACUGUUCCUAGGCUAUAGAACUCCCUUCCCCAAGAGAUCCAGUUGGCCCACUCCCUGCUCUCUUUCUGUUGGCAUAUGAAGUCAUUUUUAUUCAAGCAGGCAUUUGGUGACGGCAGAUAAAGCUUUUUAAAGUUAUUAUUUCAUCAUGUUUCAAAUGCCUUUUAAUGCUCUUUUAACUUGUAUUUCUAACAUGUGUUUUUGAAUCAGUUGGUUUAGUUGUGUUUUGACUUUUGCAUUGGGAGUUUUUUGAUUGUGUUGUGUUUUGGGGUGUUGUGCGCUGCUUUGGGUCCUGCAUGGGAGAAAGGUGAAGUAUACAUUAAAUAAAUAAAUAAAUAGAAGUUGCUAGUAGGGUUGACAGAGUGAAAACUGGAGAGGCCUUCAGUACCUUUCACGGUUACUUGGUUGUGUGACAAGCAUCACCUGCUGAAAUUUCAUCUUCUACACAACUAUUAAAGGUGGUCCUUUGUUUUAUGGGGAAAUUUUAUCUUUUCUUUUUAAAAAAAUAGUUGUAGUGCUAUAGGCUGAUUCACUGAUAAACUACAGCUCUUAAAACAGUUUUAAAAAAGAAAGCAGAGAACAGGUGGAUACUGUUUUGUUAAAAAAAAUCCACUAGAAAGUGGGAAUAAAACAUUGCAGCUGGUGCUGGAAAUUGCCAGAAAAUAUUCUGGGACAACAGAAACAGUGUUUGGAUCUUUUAAAACCCCUUAGAACUACGUACAGCAACAAAUAUCCAAACAUGAUUUGCAACACUGUGUGGAUAUUUGUUGCUGUAUGUAGUUCUAAGGGGUUUUAAAAAUACAUCCAAACAUUGUUUGGAUGUUUUAAAACCUCUUAGAACUGCAGCAACAGAUAUCACAACCUCCAAACACAAAUGCUCCAUUUGGAGACACCCAAAAGUGAAGCAAGGGAUUUUACAUGAGUGUUGACUUUACCAUUCAGUGGUUGAUUUCAUGAAUGUGUUCUAGCUGAGAUUAGCAAAUGGUUUUAGAUCCAAGAAACCUCUGCAUAGUAAAUUCCUUCUUCCCUCCCUUUGUUAUGUUAACCAUGGGUCAAGCAUUGCACACACAGCAACCAAAGCUUGGAAAAGUUACUAUUUUGGACUGUAUCUCCUAGGAAGCCCCAUCCAUGCUGGCUGAGAGUUUUAGGAUUGUGGUGCAAAAAAAGUACCUUAUUCAUGCUUUGGCAGCAACCAUGUAAAACACUAACCAGGUACUGUUUUAUCACUGCACCCUGCAGACCACACUCCAUGCUGUGUUUUCAAGUUAUAGUUUCUGGAAGAUCCAUCUUACUUGAAAUGCCAGUUAAACUAUGGCUGAUGUCAGUAAAGGACAGGAGGUGAGGGAGAAUGUAUUAACCAGGUUGGCUCCUGAUUUCUAAGCCAUAGGCCCUUAUCACACGAGCAAAAUUUGAAGUUAUCCCAGAGUCAAAGUGAAGGCAGUGCAGGGGCAAUCAUGAGGUUUCAAGUUUGUUUAUCACACAACGCCAAAUGCAAUCAGGAGCCAUCUUAAACACAAUCGGGGGUCAUUCCAGGGUUAGGUAAAGUUUCAUGUUUGUUUAUCACAUGAUGCCAGACACUAUCGGGAGCCAUCCUAAACACAACCGGGGGUCAUUCCAGGGUUAGGAAAAUUUGGGGGGGAAAGAGGAUUUACCUAACCCUGGAAUGACCCCCGAUUGUGUUUAAGAUGGCUCCUGAUUGAAACCCCAUGAUUACCCCUGCAUUGCCUUCACAUUGACCCUGGGAUAACUUCAAAUUUUGCUCAUGUGAUAAAGGGCCAUAGUCUCAAGGGGUCCAGCGUUGUACAGGUUGAAUCUCUCUUAUCCAAAAUGCUUGGGGACCAGCAUUUCUCAUUUCUAAUUUUUUCAGAUUUUGGAACAUUUGCAUAUACUGUACUGUACAUAAUUAGAUAUCUUAGAUAUGGGGCCCAUUGUCUUGGAAAUGGGGCCCAUGUUCAUGUCUAAGCAUGAAAUUCAUUUAUGUUUCAUAUACACAUAGGCUGAAGGUAAUUUUAUAUGUAAUAUUUUUAAUAACUGAGUGCAUGAAACAAAGUUGUUGUACACUGAACCCUCAGAAAGCAAAGGUGUCAUUGCCUCAGGCACCAACAUAGAGAAUUUUGGAGUAUUUUGGAUUUCAGCAUUCUGGAUCUUUACCUGCAUUUCUGUCAAUACUCAGAAUAUAUUGGCCAGUGAUAAUGAAGUGGUGCAAGUUGCAGUUCCACUCAAAAACGCUCCCCUUUAGCCCAUCAGGCAUUGUAGGUUGUUGUCGCAAGCAUUGCUUGUGGGUUGGAAAAACCUAGUCCUGAUUGCUUUGUUUUGCAUCUAAUGUGAGAAAGUCAAAGCCAUUUCCCCCUCAUCUUUCAUGGAAUAUUUCAUAGAAACAGGCUCCUCCUCAUCGGUGGAAACAACUGAUUUUAUCUUGGGCUUUUCAUCCAGCGUAGUAAAUCUUUGUUAUCUCUGGCUCAUAGCACAUCCAUAGUGAGCAUUGGGUCAUGGAAAUGACAUUGUAAAAUGCAGAGCUUGGAACUGUGUUUAAACAAACUGAUGCAUUAGCCUCAGUGGCUACUUAGAAAAAUAUGUACCAUGCUAAAAUUACUUGUUACUAGUCUUGCAUUACUAACUUUUUACAAAUUACUUAUUUUUAAAGUCGGAAAAUUAGAAAAAUGUCCUCUACAAAGGCACCCCAAAACAACAUUUUAAAAAUGUUGAGUCAGCAUUACGCAUUAUACUCAGAAAUCAGGGAGCCAUGGUUAGUGUUAAAACUUGAAGAAACAAAAACAUGUUGUUUAGGGGAGUAAUGUUAUUUUUAAUGUAUUAUUUCCAAGCUCUGGUAAAAUCAUGUUGCCAUGAUGCUUUUACCAUAUCAAAAGUCAACAUAGUCACUAGAAUGGAAGACAAUAUGUUUCUUGGGGAAUGCAUGUAUGAUAGUUUGAGCUCUUUUUAGAAAUCUGGGGAUGCUUAUUAUUUUGUAUAUAUUUUCUUUGUGAGUUUUGUUUUAAGGAAUGCCUUUUUCCAUCCUUGUGGUUUUAAAGGAAAACCUGCAAGUAUGUAGAAAUUUUUAUGUAGACUGCUCAAAAACUGAAGUUGGUUAAAAAGAAUCUUUAAAAUUCAUAUUGAAAACUGGUUCUAUGCCUGUUUAAUUGUUACGAGGGCUUUCUCUAUGUGAUUUCACCCUCGGAUUUAAUCUGCUCUUUGGGUCAUUUUGUGGCCAAUUUUCAUGUCAUGGAUAUGAGAGCUAGAGUGAUAUAUAAUAGGCCCUAGGAAGCCACUCUGGUUUGGUUCCAGGACCCUCUGUGGAUAUCAAAAUCCAUGGAUGCUCAUUUCCCAUUAUAUAUAGUGGGAUAGUAAAAGUGGUGUCCCUUAUAUAAAAUUGCAAAAUCAAAGUUUGCCUUUUGCAAUGUACACACACACACACACAUAUAGCAAAAGGGAAACCUAUAUAUAUAGAGAGAGAAUAUUUUAAAUCUGAGGAUUGUUCAAGCUGUGGAUGGUUAAAUUCCUGGAUAUAGAGGGGUAAUAGUAGCAGUUAUUUUGGACUGGGAUUUGGUAAAUUGAGGUUCAGGUCCACCCUCAUCCAUGAAUCUCACAGGAUUGGACUAGUCACUCACUCAGUUUGACAUACUUUACAGGGUUUCACGAGAGGAAAUUGAGGAGAUGAGCUAUUUACACAACCUUUUGGUCGCUAGAGGAAAGACAGACUAUAAAUGUAACUUAUAAUAAUACAGUAAAUAAAUAUAAUUACAGUAAUAAGGUCCUGUAACACAGACACUACUCCAGAUCUCUCCAUAAAGCCUCCAUCUUUGUUUGAGAUGGGAAUAUGGGAGUAUUCUGUAGGUUUUAAAAUUGCAUUUGGUAGUUACUGUGCCUGUAUGGCCAGCCAUGCUAAGGACACCCCAAUAUAUUUUGAAUAGUUCUUUGCCAGAGAUAUAAACUAUAUAUCAGAUUCUUAAAAGUAAUCAAAAUUAUUUGGAUGGUGGAGGAAUUUUUGGUAACAAAAGCUUUGUUUAUUGCAUUUUUACUGCAAACGCACUGCUGUCCAUGCCACCAGAGGUAUGUUUUUCUCCAGCCAUCCUUCAUCAUCCUUUCAGUGCUGAUGCAGCUUUUAAAAAUCCAGCUAGACAGAUAAUGAGAAGAAAGAGGUCUGGGUAGGUGUGAAAAAGCUUUUGUAAAGAAGUUUCACCAUCAGAGGCUUUAUUAACUUUACUGCUCUUUAUUGAAAUGUUGGCAAUAUGACAGUGUACUCUAUGUGAAAUAUGGUUGAUCAGUUAAAAGGGUCAAAUUGUUGAUUCAAAAUGUCUUAAUUGAAAGAUGGUUUGGAGCAACGAUAGGCAAAAUGCAGCCAUUGGACAACAUUGCCCUCUGCUUCCCCUGUGCCUCCUUUUUGCUGACAAACUGUCUCCCAGGCAGUAUCCACACUGUUGAAAUAAUCCAGUUUGACAUCACUUUAACUGCCAUGGCUCAAUGUUACGGGAUUCUGGGAAUUAGAGUUUGUUGUGGCACCAGAGCUCUCUGACUAGAGAAGGCUAAAUGUCUUGCAAAACUACAGUUCCCAGAAUUCCAUAGCAUUGAGUCACGGCAGUUAAUGUGGUGUCAAACUGGAUUAUUUCUACAGUGCAGAUAAAGCCCGGGAAGUCUUUAAGAGUAGCCCUUUGCUUUGAAAAGAGAUUGUAGUGGCUCCAUGCACUGUUUAACCUUUUUAAAAAAUCCUGUUUUUCAAAAUGAAAAAUUUGAACUAUUUUUUCCAGGUUGUGUUUGUUUGGUGUUUUUGGUUUUGUUUUGUCAUUUUUAGCAAUCUGUGUGGCCCCAGGAUGAAAAUGGUUGGCAGAAAACCAGUUCUUGGGUCCACUCACACAGAGACUUUCGACCAUAUUUGAAUGCAGCGGCUGGAGAGUCCCUUUUAGGUUUCUUUGAUUCUUUUUCAGAUGUCUUGUGGAUCCCAAACUGUUUCCCUUUCCAGAGGUGAAAGCCGUUAGCUCUGAUUAAAUAAACCCUCCCUCAUAAUAAUACUCUUUCUGUUCAUUGCAAAGCCUUACUUUGUCAGACCAUGACUACAGGAAAUAGUUUCAACUUGUAUUUGUGUUUACAGCCCACAUUUCCUAACUCUGUGAAAACAGAUAGCGUUGCAAGCCCAACGUUUCGGAGGCUACAACCAAGCACUGUGACGAGUCAAGCCACAAGAUAUCCUGUUGAAUGAUGCCUUUCAAAGUGGCUUCCUUCCCAAAUUCUGGAGAAAACACAAACCUCUUAAUAGCUGGGAAAGAUUUGGGAGUAGUAAUACAGGGUAAAAUAAUUGCACUGAGUAUCACAAGGGAGACAGACACACACAGAAGAGAAACGAGAUGUGCUUCAAUUUAAAGCUCGCAGCUUUUUCAACCCAUACCAAUAAAUACCUUAUUUGUCCAAAUCUGCAUUUGCAACGACUGCAUUGUGAUGUCUUUCAAUCAUGAGAAUGGUAAUUAUGUUAAUUGCUAAUAAUGAUUUGAGAUGAGCAUGUAGCAAAGUUCCUAAACCUGUUUACCUGGUGUGUUAUAAUUUCAGGUGACAAAUGCCAUGGUGAGACAAAUGUGUAAAUUUGUGUGGCUUCACUGGUGCGCCGUGACUUAACCGUGGUCUUCCUUUAUAGCUGUUCGAAGUGAAACCAAGUUUGGGGAAAACUGGCAGUGGAAGAGGCAUGAAUCCACAAGCUCUUGUUUACUGUGAAUGGGGAAAAGGGGGAUGUGGUCUUUUGUGAAAACAAGAAAAGUAUUGGACAUGUAUAACCCCUGGAUUUGGGACAUGCCACAAGGAUUGGAUGGUCCAUGUUGUGCCAAAAAACAACCCAGCCACUGUGCUUGGCAGAUAAAGACUGAUGAAAUAAAUGACAAGUUGUAAAAAAAAAAAAA